ACUCACGGCUGAGCUCUGGACAAAUAAACCACCGCCGCCGUUCCUAAACUGGCCCUGCUGCAGCCCAAACUGGUCUAAUUGCAGCAUAAGGCGAGAAAGCAGCCCGGCACGGCACGGCAUGCUUCCUCCGUCCGCCUGUGUCAGUGAACGGGACGCCGGUGAAUAAGACUCGCAGCCAAUUGACUGGAUAAAUGACUUGAAAACUCCCGUCGAAGUCAUUGGACAGAAAAAAAAAAAGCAUUGUUUCAUUUUAUUUAUUUUUUUCUAAAUGGGAAAUGAAUGUGACCGGGAAACAGCACCCUGAGCUGAUCGAGCGACCCGCCAGCCUUUUGGUUCCAACUUCGACAAAAUCUGGAAUUGCUUUGCUGUACAAUGAAGAGACCAACAAUACCUAUGAUGUCUGCCUGAAAUUGACCAAAGAGGUAUUAACCAUACAGAAGCUGGAUGUGGUUUGCACAAGAGGAAGUGAAUCCCAUGUAAAUCACAGAACUGUUGUACUCCGAAGACAGGCGGCUGGCGGUCUGGGCUUAAGCAUCAAAGGUGGUGCAGAGCACAGCGUGCCAGUGGUUAUUUCGAAGAUUUUUAAAGAUCAAGUAGCCGAUCAGACGGGGAUGCUGUUCGUCGGGGAUGCUGUGCUGCAGGUCAAUGGAAUCAAUGUAGAGCACUGCACUCAUGAAGAAGUUGUGCACCUCUUGCGUACGGCGGGAGAUGAGGUCACUAUCACCGUUCGCUACUUGCGAGAGGUUCCAUCAUUCCUGAAACUGCCUCUAGGUUCUCCAGGGCCAUCUACUGAUCACAGCAGUCGAGUGUCCUCUCCACUCUUUGACAGUGGUGUACAUUUAAAUGGAAAUGGAAACAACACAGCCCCAUCACCCCCUUCGCCCUCAGCUAAUGAACCAAAGUACGAGAAACGCUGGCUGGAUGCCGUCUGCCUGCCCUUGUUGAUGGCCAGAGUCUCCAGAUACAAAACGGGCACAGAUAAAUUAAGGUCGAACUGUUUUGAAGUCUUUGCCUUGGAUGGAGCCAGCACCAAUAUUCUUCAAUUUUGCACUGCAGCAGAAAGCACAGACUGGCUCCAAGCAAUAUCUACAAAUAUCAAUGAUCUGACACAGGAGAAUAUAAAGAUCAUCAACAAAUACUGUUCUUCAGAUGAUCAGAUUGUUCACAUGGGUUGGGCAUGUGAAAGCCCCGAGGCGAGCGUUGCUGGUCGAAUUUCAGCAUUCAAGUUCCUGGCAUUAAGGGGACCAUAUUUUUAUAUCUUCAGGACUCCCCCGAUCAGUGCGGCUGACUGGGGACAAGCUGAAACAACUUAUAACCUCUAUGAGGUUCUCUUCAAGGUUCACAAGCUGUGGAUGGCAGAGGACUGCUGGCUCCAGGCGAGGCUCUAUCUGGGGCUCGAACAUUCACCUGAGCAGCAGGACAAUGAGUCUCUGUGCUUCAGUAUUCUGGUGGGCCACGGCCAGAGCCACACCUUCAGGGUAGAGCUGGCCACUGACCUGGCCAUCUGGGAGAAGUCCUUCCAAAGAGCCGUCUUCUUGGAAGUACAGCGAAUAAGAUCAAAAAGCUACAUGUGCAGCAGCCAGGGGAACGUCCUGUGCUUCACUAUAGACUUUGAAUUGGGUUUCACUUGCUCUGAAGGCACUUCGAAGACUAUACUGUGGCGAUACAAGUUCUCUCAACUCAAAGGGUCCUCUGAUGAUGGAAAAACCAGGGUAAAACUUCUUUUCAAGAACGCUGAAAGCAAUCAAAUAGAGAUGAAGGAGCUAGAGUUUGCAAAUCUAACAGCCGUCCUCCACUGUAUACAUUCUUUUAUCGCUGCCAAAGUGGCCUCCAUGGACCCUCUCUUUAUGUGCAGUCAGACAUUUCCUGGAAACCACAUGAACAGUUAAGACACCCCUGUCACCAUGUGCAUCUGAGGCACGUCUGCAGAGUUUUAUGCACAAAGACUAUUGAUAUGUAUAUCUUGUUCUUGCUAUUUUUGUAUGAAUAAAUGAAAAAGAAACAUUUGUAAAAGACUGUAAUAGUAAAUAAUGUAAGAAUAACAAAAAA